AUGGCCACGCGGAGGUCGCAUAAAAAGUCCCGCAAUGGGUGUGAGCAGUGUAAGCGCCGGAGAGUCAAAUGCGACGAGGAUAAUCCAUGCAAGAAUUGCAGCCGGCGGGGGAUGGAGUGCACCUUUGACAGUCGGGGCAGCCUCACCCCUCCAGACCGACCGAAUGAGACGGGGAUCCUGGUCGAUCUCCGGGAUCGCAUGCUGGCAUCUGAGCAACCCGGUGAAGCCGCGGAUCCCUUCCGUGUCUUCAAUGAAAGGAUAGAGAGAGGAGCAUUCUUUCCGCAGGAAUGGACAGGCCAGGACUUUGAACUGAUGCAUCACUACACCAUGUACACCUGCAAAACUAUCGCCAGGCGGCCGGACAUCCAGGAAACCUGGCAGGAGGCUAUUCCCAAGAUUGCCUAUUCUUACGAGUUUCUGAUGCAUGGCAUCCUGGCCUUCUCGGCCCUCCAUCUAGCCCACCUCAAGCCAGAGCGCCAUAGCUACUAUCUCGCUAGCUCUGGAUUCCACAUGACCCUCGGCCUGCGGUCCUUCCGGAGGAUUCUCCUCUCGCCCACUAAUGACAAUUGCUGCGCGCUGUUCGCCUUUUGCAGCUUUAUCAUGGUCUAUAUCUCGGCUUCUCCUACAGAGCCUGCCGAGCCUGACUUGGGCGAUGGACUGGACUCGAUUAUCGAGCUCCUCGGGCUGUGUCGAGGCACCUUGGUCCUUGCUCCGUAUCUCGAGCGCAUUCAAACAACUCCCCUCAAACCGCUUUUCCUCUCGGAGUUUUAUGCUGACGUAUCAAGUCCAACCGGGUCCGGCUACCAAUUUGAUGGAUUAGAAGAACAUCUCGCCCACCUCCACCAGCUCAUCCAGUCUAAUAUCUCCGACUCCAUAUCAGCGGAGUCCUACCUUAGAGCUCUUGACCGUCUUAAGGCGUCCUUUGAGACUAUCCGCUGCUUCGAAUUGCCCCUUGAGAUCGGGCUGCUUUAUAUCUGGCCGCUCUCUAUAGACGAGCCCUUCUUCAAUGAACUCAAGCAACGACAUCCUGUUGCACUCGUGUUUCUCGCAACUUACUCUGUCCAGCUUCAUGCAUUCUCCGAUUACUGGUUUGUCGGUCAACAGGGGUUUGCCUGGCUAUCGAGGAUUUCAGCUGUCCUACCCGGUGAGUUUCACGAAUUUCUUACGUGGCCGAGGUUGUACAGCUCUCAGGAUCCGAUUCCCUAG